GCAGUGACCACUGCUUUCAGACAUUCAGGCAUUGCGGCCAGAAGCAGCAGAAUGGGACUUUGGGGCACCUGCCUGCUCUUCUGCCUCUUCUCCAUCUUGUCCCAGGUCACGACAGAGCCACCCACCCCCAAGGCCAAGAAAGCUACAAAUGUCAAGAAAGAUGUGGUGAGCCCAAAGAUGUUUGAGGAGCUCAAGAGCAGGCUGGACAGCCUGGCCCAGGAGGUGGCCCUGCUGAAGGAGCAGCAGGCCUUACAGACCGUAUGCCUGAAGGGCACCAAAGUAAACUUGAAGUGCUUCCUGGCCUUCACCCAGCCCAAGACCUUCCACGAGGCAAGUGAGGACUGCAUCUCGCGUGGGGGCACGCUGGGCACGCCGCAGUCGGGGCUAGAGAACGAGGCACUGUUCGAGUACGCGCGCCAGAGCGUGGGUAGCGAGGUGGAGAUCUGGAUGGGCCUCAACGACAUGGCAGCGGAAGGCGCCUGGGUGGACAUGACCGGCGGCCGCCUGGCCUACAAGAAUUGGGAGACCGAGAUCACGGCGCAGCCCGACGGCGGCAAAGCCGAGAACUGCGCCGCCCUGGCCGUAGCGGCCAACGGCAAGUGGUUCGACAAGCGAUGCCGCGACCAGUUGCCCUAUAUCUGCCAGUUUGCCAUCGUGUAGCCUGGCUCCGGGCCGGGGAGGGGUGAGGACCACAAAGAGGCUGUUGGUGGGUGGGGCUUAUGGGUUGCUAAGGGGCCCGGGGCAUCAGUGGGCGGAGUCGAACUUCAGUGAUAGAAAAGCUGAUGCAGGGCCCUGGGAGGGGCGGGGAGACUUCUCUGUCCCGGGUUCCUCCGUGUCUGGAUUUUGCUAAUAAAGUUGGUUCAGAAUCCCUGAA